AUGAAAGUGCUCCUCUUCUCUUUCCUUAUUGUCACUACAGUAAUCCCCAACGUCGCUUCUAUUUCUUUUCUCGAAUCUCUAUGUCUCAAAUGCAACACCACCGUUGAAAUGCUCCUUCCACCCAAAAUUGACACAUUCUACACUCUUUCAGAUUUGACAAUCAAGAAUCUGUGCACCAAGUUGAGCCCGGAAAACCUUGAAGACACUUGUUACUCGGUAUUCAACGUCCCUCUUCGUAUUCAAUACAACAUCAUCUGGACCUUCUUGAGCCCAUUCAGAGAGCUCAUUUGCAUGCCGUUGUGUAUUUUUGAUUGA